GCCACACGACCAAAGUUUAUCUGAACCGAGAGCUGGUCUCCUCAAUCGGAUCUGUUAAUCAGUCAGAUAUCUGAAACACCUUAUAUCGAUCUCCAUAGAUUAAGAUACAUAUCCUCGACAUUUCCCUUGAUGACCGGACGGUCCUCGAGGGUCUUUGAAAGGUUAUUAGGAAUCAGACGGCCACUUCCUGUCUCGUCGACUCGAGUCCAGGAAUCUCGAUCAAGUGCAAGACACCAAAAGCGAGAAAGGAUUUGAUGAAAGGCCGGAGAGGUUGUAACUUGGUCCAAGUCUUCUUACAACGAUAGUCAACUCGGGACAAACGUCAGUAUGGAUGUAACUUCACUGCUGAAUGCAAAUUCAGCUGCUGCUGAGCAGCAGAGGAAGAUGGAGAAGGGAGAGGCCACGAAAACGCCAACCAGGAACCGAACUCCUUGGGAUGCCGGUGGUUAUUCACUUCCAAUCAACACGCUAUCGAAUCCGACUCUCAGUACGCCUACACCCUACAACAUUCACCACGAUGAUUCACAACAAAUUAGCGCCAGUACGCCCACUUCUCCCCGACAUAAAUUCUCCGACAGUCGCAGUAGUCUUUCUUCUUUUACAUCUUCCCUACAAUCAACAACCCACUCGAGAUUCUCUUCUAUGUCAACUACAGUCAGUGGGUCUCAACCUCUCAAUAGCCUCGCAGAAACCUUGUCUCCAACAGCAAAUCUUAAGAUUCAGGAAAUGGAUCUGACCCCUCCCCUCUCGGAAUCACACAUCCCACGGCCUCAUGGGAGCCUUUCUCCAACAGGUUCUCUAGACGCACUUGCUCUAGUUGCCGAAACCCGGAUUACUGAUCAAGAAGCAACAUCCUCAACGCUGAGAGACAAGACGUCGACGACUCCCGAACAAACCCCAAACCAGACAAUCAUCACCAAUGGACGUCCAAGCUCGCCAAGCGAUGCUAUCCUCAUCAAGCGUGCGACCCUGCCUAGUCUACGAGUCGUGACUGGCGAUCAUGAACUGAAUGGAGCUGGUCAGGCACAUCAUCUACACAACCAUAACUUCUUGAGCGCACCACUUGAGACACAUCAUCAGUCUCUCAUGCACCCUAGAAGCCACAAGCGGGCACUUUCAGCACCGGAUUUCAGUAUGUCGAACUCGAGUCUGCCUCCUACGGGCGAAUCAAUGGGCAUGCGUCCGCUUGCCGAACCUACACCACCAUCAUCCCAUCACCCUGAUAAUCCAUCCCCGACUGCCACAACGGCUGCUUACCCCAAUCCCGACACCCCACCAAUGACUAAUGCCGAUACCGAAAGUCACGCCGUGGUUUGCAUGUACAUUCCAAACUGCGAUACCGGCUCUCAACCAAGAAAGGCCAUUUCGCACAUAUUCGGGCGCAACAAGAUGUGCACACGUCUCAUCCCGCAGCACGUCUGGGUUCACUAUUGCCGGAAGCACUACCAACGCAGUCGCUAUCGUAAUCCGAAGGAAUAUGCGAAGCUGCAGUGCGAUCUCGUUCAACAACAGAUCCGUCGCGUUCACGAGUGGAGUUUGGCAAACAGCAAGAGUGGCGUCGCCGGAAUCGUCCAAGAUUGGGGACUCGCAGUUCGGAAGCGUGAGCAAAAGCGAUUGGACGAUCUUGGAGGAUCUCGCAAGCGAAAUGCAGCCACCUUCGAAAAUGAUAGUGACGAUGGAGAGGAUGCAGCUGGUCGAGCCGUCGCAGUGCCCGCUACUGCCGUUCCAGACUGGCUUCUUACGCUGUGCGGCAAGGGUUAUAACACUCAGACGAUUCUUGAGAUAUUCAACCGACUGCAUACCGAGAUUCUGGAAGACACACUGCCAUGUUUCCCAGAUAUUGAGAUCUUGCCGAAUAUCGUUGUAGAUCAAGAUGAGCCUAAGAGUCCGAAGGGUUACACCAAGAGAACUCCCCAAGGCCAUAAGCGUGCGCAAUCUCUUGGUGUCGGCAUGAAGCCCGCCUACGGUGCACAAGGUCAAGACAGGAGAUUGAGCCAACCUGCUAUCUUGGGCCACGACGGUUUGUACUUAUCUCCAGCUCAGAAGAGACGUCGACCCAACGAUAUGGCUGAGAGCAGCUCGCCCGUCCGCAACCCAUCGUCAUUCCAAGCAUCUCGAUUUGCUGAACGCUCUUCGGACAGCAGUAGACAUAUCUCACAACUAGGCCAUCGGUCAGCUUUUGCAAAUAUCGAUGAAAACCAAGCUGGGGAGAGCGACUACUACGGCUUUGAGUCUUCCCGACAGAAUCACGCACCAUUGCCCGCUCCUGUUGCCCAGCGAUUCGGUGGUCAAUCCGUGGCUGCUCAUCUCGAGACCAGCAACGAAUACAGCCCUGCUCGUCGCCCCAUCCACCAAAGAUCGCAAUCCGAUAUGGGUGGCUUUGCCAGAGGACGUUUUGAAUACUCACCUGCACCUGGCAUGAUGUAUUCCCCACCGCGCAACUCUCAAUACCGAGAUUCUCCACAAAUCGGAGGUCCUGUUUACGGAAGCCAACCACGUUACGAGCCUAUUCAUGCACAGUAUGCCGACCCGCGUCAACAUGGCCAUCACCGUGCCCAAAGCUCGUCCGUCAUCUAUGGUUCGUAUCCAGCCAUGCCGAGCCUGAGAGAACAUCAAUCCUUGCCCAUGCCUCCAUACACUCAAAACCAAGCCGGCCCACCAGCCUCCAAUAUCACAGAGUCGAAGGAAGCCCGGACCCUCUACUCCUCCAGACGCUAAUUCUCCCCGAGACUCUUCAUCUCAUAAGAAGUCCUCCAUCGGACUGAUGAUCCGUCUACUCCCCUACCUUCUUCUUGUACAUUUUUGCGAUGGUUUCUUUAGUCAACGGUCAUGCGGCAUAGAUUAUG